UCUAAGAGGGAAAACAUUUUACCCUUCAUCGAUCCUUCAGAGUGUACCUGUUGGUUUGAACUAUGAGACUGUCCUGACUUUAUGAUCACUGGGUUUGUUUUCUUCUUAUUUGACUUUCACCAGGAUAACAAACCUAAUCAAACAUGGGCUGUUUCCUACGGCCCUCACCCUCAUUGGAGAGUGGCCGGCAACCUCUUCUAGACUUUUUCCAGACCGGCGCAUCACAAUUGAUCAAUGAUAUUUAUCGAGCACUUACCGUGUGCUCAGCAUCGUACUAAGCAUUUGGGAGAAUACAGUACGAUAGAGUUGGUAGACAAAAUCCUUUCCCUCAGAGAGUUUGCAAGCUAGUGGGAUCAAUCAUAGAGUGUAGCUAAAAAUGUCCUUUCUAGGUUGGCAACUUUCCCAAUGCUUACCCUCCUUCUUUUGUUUCUCAGGACUCCAAGAUCUCAAAAUCAUGGCUGGGAAACCCAAGCUCAUCUACUUCAAAGGCAGAGGCCGAAUGGAGUCAAUUCGGUGGCUUUUGGCCGCAGCUGGGGUGGAGUUUGAAGAGGAGUUUCUGGAAACAAGGGAACAAUAUGAGAAGUUACUGAAAGAUGGAGUUCUACUUUUCGAUCAAGUACCUUUGGUGGAGAUGGAUGGAAUGAAGCUCACCCAGACCAGAGCCAUUCUGAGCUACUUGGCUACCAAAUACAAUUUAUAUGGGAAGGACCCAAAGGAGGCGGCAUUGAUUAAUAUGUAUACUGAUGGCACAAUGGAUCUGAUGACUAUGCUCAUAUUUCAUGCUUUCAAGCCUCCCAGUGAAAAGGAGAAAGACCUAGGCUCUAUCCUGGAUAAAGCUCAAACCCGAUACUUUCCCGCCUUUGAAAAGAUCUUGAAAGGCCACGGACAGGAUUUUCUUGUCGGCAACAAGUUCAGCUGGGCGGACAUUCAGCUGAUUGAAGCUAUUUUGAUGUUAGAAGAGAAGAACCCUGCCGUUCUCUCCACCUUCCCUCUGCUACAGGCUUUUAAAACGAGAGUCAGCAACAUUCCCACAAUUAAGAAAUUCCUGCAGCCUGGCAGCCAGAGAAAGCCCCCACCGGAUGACCACUACGUCGCAACAGUGAAGAAGGUUUUACAGUUCUAAUGGCUGAAGGUGUGAUGCCCUGGCCAUUCUUGCCCCAUCUGUGAGGUGGUCUCAAGGUUGGAAGGUCAUGAGAAGAUGUGGGAAGCUCAUAGGUAAACAUCUGAAACAAGAUGGUGGAAGACCACUUAACUUGUGGGCGAACCUAGAAACAGAGGCCCAAUUACAUGAAUUAAAUGAAACAGCGUAAAA